AUUUUGCCAACCGCUUGCCUGCCCCGUGAGGUGUCUAUUCUAAUUGCUUGUCUUGUUGCCUUCCAUCCCUUUCCAUGCAUCAUUAGGUAGGUAGCUUCGCUGCUGCGGCGAUUGGUAGUCGUCAUUGAUCUUGGUCGAGUGGCCGUGAAGUCUCCCUCGCAAAACCAAAACCUGGGUUCCAAGUGACACCUCAGGCAAUUGCCUGAGGACGUGCCGAUUACCCCACUUUGUUCGUUUCGCUAAUCUUUCCUCUCUCUCCUGCGGAAGGAACCUUUUGCUCUCAACUCUAGCUCCGCCCCAGACUCAUUAAGAACCUGCUUUUAUUCUCUUCCUCUUAUGUCCAUGCCCCUACGUGCACAUUUGGCACCAAGUGUUCCCACCAAAUUCCUCAGAGCACCUGCACACAUAUCGAACGCGAUGUCGUGUGGACUCCCUCCCCGCACGCCAACUGCGGCCGCCCUCCAAUCUCUUCGGGACGAGCUGAGAGGCAACAUCAUCCGAAACGUCAAUGGCCUCUUUGCCGAGAAGUUCGAGGGGAAGUCCUAGUCCGUAGUGGUGCAGAACAAAUUGCAAGACACGUAGUCAGCAAAGAUCAUCAGCAAGCUGUCUGCCGGUGUCCCUGACAUGGCUCGCUUCGACUCGUUGUCGGAAUGGCUUGCCCAGUUCCAGACCCUAUUCUUCGCGGCCGACCAAGCCAGCCUCCACUUCCAGAGCCAGCC